CCCCCCCCCUUCCUUCCCCUCAUCGCUCUUCGCCGCCUCCCGCCCCGCUCGGGCAGGCCCCGGGGCCGCUUCUCUCCCCCCCCCCCUCCGCCGCGGCCCCGGGGGGGGGCGGGCUCCCGGCAGGGCUCCCCUCAGGGCCGCCCUCUCUCGGGGGGGGCUCCGCCGCCACACAGGUUGGGCCCGGCCGGGGAAAGGAGGAAAAAAAAUAAUGCUAACGAGACAGCCAUUUCCCUGAAGUUCAGGUUUUCAGGCUCUCUGCCAUUAUGGAUGAGCAGCAAGCUUUGAACUCAAUCAUGCAGGAUUUGGCUGUGCUUCAUAAGGCCAGUCGUCCUGUAUUGCCUCAGCAAGAAACAGGAAAACCAAAGUCAUCUUCACCUAAAAAACAGAAUGAUGUUAGAGUCAAAUUUGAACAUCGAGGUGAAAAAAGGAUCCUCCAGUUACCAAGGCCUGUCAAACUUGAAGAUCUUGCAGCUAAAGCUAAAGUUGCUUUUGGACAGACUAUGGAUUUACAUUACAGCAAUAAUGAGCUUGUAAUUCCAUUAACCACACAAGAUGACCUGGACAAAGCAGUUGAACUGCUUGACCGUAGUGUUCAUAUGAAGAGUCUCAAAAUAUUGCUUGUAAUACAUGGAAAUACACAGUCACCUAGUGUAAAUAAUGUGGAACCAUUACCGUCUUUGGAAGCUUUAGAUAAUACGGUGUUUGGUGUCACAGAGAGAAAAAGGCAGCUUCCUGUAGUAGGUUCGAAUACCCGUGAUAGGAGUUCACCACCCCCAGGAUACAUUCCAGAUGAGCUGCACCAGGUGGCCCGAAAUGGGUCGUUCACCAGUAUCAACAGUGAGGGUGAAUUCAUUCCAGAAAGCAUGGAUCAGAUGCUGGAUCCACUGUCUUUGAGCAGUCCUGAAAAUUCUGGCUCAGGAAGCUGUCCAUCACUUGACAGCCCUUUAGAUGGAGACAACUAUCCCAAAUCACGGAUGCCAAGAGCACAGAGCUAUCCAGAUAAUCAUCAAGAAUUUUCAGUAGAAUAUGAUAUUCCAAUAUUCGAGAAGUUUGGAAAGGGGGGGACUUAUCCCCGAAGAUAUCAUAUUUCAUAUCAUCAACAGGAUUACAAUGAUGGUCGUAAAACUUUUCCAAGAGCCAGAAGGACUCAGGGGAACAGCUUCCGAUCACCGGUUAGUUUCAGUCCCACCGAUCACUCGCUGAGCACCAGUAGCGGAAGCAGCGUCUUUACACCAGAAUAUGAAGAUAACAGAAUGAGGAGAAGGGGAAGUGACAUAGACAAUCCUACCUUGUCGGUGAUGGACAUCAGCCCACCAAGUCGCUCACCACGAGCUCCAACUAACUGGAGACUUGGAAAACUGCUGGGUCAAGGUGCAUUUGGCAGAGUGUAUCUGUGUUAUGAUGCUGAUACUGGAAGAGAACUGGCUGUUAAGCAAGUCCAGUUUGAUCCAGAUAGUCCAGAAACCAGCAAGGAAGUAAAUGCACUUGAAUGUGAGAUUCAGCUGCUGAAAAAUCUGCUGCAUGAAAGAAUUGUUCAGUAUUACGGCUUCUUGAGAGACCCACCAGAAAGGACACUCUCUAUAUUCAUGGAAUAUAUGCCUGGGGGUUCCAUCAAAGACCAAUUGAAAUCAUAUGGAGCACUCACAGAGAAUGUGACUCGUAAAUAUACGCGACAAAUUUUGGAAGGAGUUCACUAUUUGCACAGUAAUAUGAUUGUCCAUCGAGAUAUUAAAGGAGCAAAUAUUCUGCGAGAUUCAGCAGGCAAUGUGAAGCUGGGUGACUUUGGUGCCAGCAAACGACUCCAGACUAUCUGUCUGUCUGGUACAGGAAUGAAGUCUGUCACAGGAACUCCGUACUGGAUGAGUCCAGAAGUUAUCAGUGGGGAAGGGUACGGCAGAAAAGCAGACAUCUGGAGCGUAGGUUGUACAGUGGUAGAAAUGCUCACUGAGAAGCCCCCGUGGGCAGAAUUCGAAGCUAUGGCUGCCAUCUUUAAGAUUGCCACUCAGCCAACCAAUCCCCAGUUACCACCUCAUGUCUCAGACCAUGCUCGGGAUUUCUUGAAAAGGAUUUUUAUCGAGGCCAAGUUGCGACCAUUUGCAGAUGAACUGCUAAGACACACGUUUGCACACUAUCACUAACAGCCUGCCUCAAGUCAGCUUGCGUCUACUGCAUUUAUUUUCUAUUUGACUGCACUUUUAUUUUUUAUCUUUUACAAAAAAAAAGGAGAAAAAAAGACAAGAGAGAGAACGCGUUCUCUUGAAUCUUUGUUUCACUUAGAUUGUAAACAAUCUGAAUUUUGUAUCUAAAAUGAGAAUCUUCCCUUCCCUGCUCCCACCAGGACUAGAACUUCUUGUUUCUAUAAUGUACUGAUGUGGUUCGUGUAGAUAAAGCACUUUAGUACAUAUUUGUUCCUUAUUUAAAGGGGGAAAAAAAAAGAAAUGAUUGGAUAGUCAGGAACUGUGUGACUUUUUCUGACACUGCUGACAGACUCAGGGUGCAGGGAAAAAUAGACAUGCAGCUAGAGGACAAAAAGGUUACUUCUCUGUGAUUGUUCUUUAUAUUAUAGGUACUUGUAACAGAGAGUUCGAAGUUCUCAUAUUUUAACGUUUUAAUCAGUUCUAGCAUUUUGUAAUUUAAGCUGGAUCAUGUGGUUCUGAGAGUUAAUUAUAAAGCUGGAAGAACUUGGAACUCUUUGUACAAAAGCAUGUCUAACUGGUACUUCUAUGUGACCAAAAGAAAAUAAUAAAAAAGAAUUCAAUACUGAUGUACUAGAGAUGUUGGUGUAGAACUAUCCUAUCUUUAUAGGAAAAGAAUUACAGGUAAACAGAUUAUGGACCCAGACUCCUAGGAACUUAGCAUGCUAUAAGGGGAAAAUUUCUGCAAUAGAAAAGAGGUAGCUGUUGGAUGUAAAUAAUUGGGAGAAUGUCUCCUGCUGUAUCUGCCAAAGAGAAUCCUCUGUUGCAUAAGCUUGGAGGGAGACAAUUACCUUAGAUAAGAAAUAAGUGGUGUUGAGAGAGUUCUCCUCCACAAUCCCAUGAACGUUUGGGGGAGAGAGGAGUGACAAAUCCUUCUGCAGUAUGUGUGUUACAUGAUUCAAAAUGACCUAUAGGAAAUAAUGUCUUCAAAGCUGUCGAGGGGCGCUAAGAUGGAAUGUAUGUCAACAUCAAGUGCCUGAAUAAUAUAAAGUUCUUCCCAUUAUGCACUAUAAGCAUUGCUUUAGUAACACAGUUCAGUCAUCUAGGAUGUAUUGACAAUUCCUAAAAUAAAAUUAAACUUCUUUGAACACUAGGAGUAAGUCACUGAGAAAGAUAAGACUCCAGUUAUACUUCUCAUGAGGCAACAAUGAACAAGGAGGCACAGCACAAGAGACUGUAUGAAGGAUAGGCCAAAAGUGCAGAGCGCUAGCAACUGAAUAACAUGAGCGGGAUUACUGCAGCCCAAUAAUCCAGUUGAUCGGUGUUUUUUCAGAUUUCCAACUCUCAUAAAAUGGACAUUAAUCCUCUUUCUCAAAGAGAAUAAUAAAAGAACAAAGGCAAAACUCUGAAAUAGUCCUUCUCAAUAGAGAAGUUCAGGUACUGAUCAGGUAUAGUUAACAACCAAAUUUCACACCAGAAAAGUCAAGCUCUUGUAUUUAUGUAGAAUACAACAUAAAUAAUUUAAAAAAGGAAUUUGGAAAUAAAUAAUUGGACUACAGAACUGAAUUAAUGUAUACUGUUUGGAUGAUUCAUUGCUUGCUUUUGUUUUAUAAAAACAGAGCAGGCAGAUGCUGUGAACCUUGUCUACUCUGACAAGACUCUAUAUUAUUGUCCCCAGGCUCCACUCUGUUUUAUAUCUUUAGAGGACUACCAGAAUUAUGAAAUACAUGGAGACAGAGUAAUAAAUUUACCUAUUCUCAUGCUAAUUAGCUCAUGAGAUUUCUGAAUUUAUCCUGUUAACUUCCAAAUUUUUUUUACAAGGGCAUAAGCAGGAGUGUGGAUCUAUCCUAAUCACUUUACCUGUAGUGGAGUAAGAAUGAAUUUUGUGCCACCUCUCCUGGCACUGAGAGUGGUGGCCUCCAGUUUGUGAGCAUUGUACCCUGUUUAUAAUUUUCUCAGUCAGGGUGCACAUCUGUGCAAGGUUUCCUGAGCAUGGGAGGGGACAAUCCUGACCAGGGAAAACUUAAAAGGCUGAAAGGAAAGUCUGCUUGUACUGACUUUUUGGGAGGGUUGGGGGGUGGGAGGGGCUCUCUGUCACUAGAUAAAAGCUAUGGAAGCAGACUUUAAGGAGAAUGUGUGUGUGCUCUGCUGUAAAGGACCUUUGCUUUAUAAGCAAAAUGUAGUGACAGCAGGGGUGGGAGGGUUAAUGUAGAGCCUAAUAGUUUAUGUAGCUAAUUUAAAGAUCAUAUAACCGAAAUGAUUGAUUUCAAGCAGAUUAAGAAGGUACCAAAACCAAGGUGAAAAUGUAUAUAAAAAUCAGUAGUGGACAGUGAUACCUGAAAAGGAAAUUUUGUAUUACCAAAAAAGGACAUUAAAGGGAAAAUGUAACCAGGUUUAUCUGUAGCAUUCAUAACAUUUAAAGAUACUAUUCUAAAAAGAAACUGCACUCUCUGAAGCUUGAAAAUUUUCAGAAUCUAGUUUUCUAAUACUGUGUCCUUUUUGUGAGACAGUGCUGGCUGAUGUAUAUUGCAAUACCACUUUCUCAUUGUGAAUUUAAUUACUGAAUAAUUGAGUUUGCUGCUUUUGUGCCUUUUCUAAAAACGGCAUUCAGUCAUGACAAGGGUAAGCAUUUUGGAACCAAAAAAAAGAACUUGCAGAGCACAUAUCAGAAAGCCGCUGAAGUAAAGACAGCACUUCUUAAAUACAGACAACUUUUUGUCAGCUCCAGCAAUGCUAGUAAAACGUUAUUAACUUGACCAGGAUUAGGCCUUAGCUGUGUUUUUGUUUUGUUUUUGUUUUUUUUUUUUACUGUGUGGAGAAUUUGUCCACUGACCUAAGCAACUUAUAGUAAAUUUAGAUGAUUAUCAAUAUAAAUGCUUUGAGCUGGAAGUAAUGAUGAAGCUAAAUCAGACCUUUUACCAGAAGAUUAGUUGAUACUUAUCCCCUUGCACGAUGCACUUCAGUGUUGUUGUGUUGGGGUAAUGUGGUAAAGCAAUUUGUAUUAAAUAAUGUAAUGCCUCUGUGUACAGUGCCUGUACAACACUUUGUUGACCACUGGCAUGAUAAUGGACAAACCCUUGCUCUAAAAUUCCAGAGGGUGCAUGGAAUUGCAUGCUGGAAACUCCACUGGAGGAGGUUUGCUGAGAUGAGGCCCCUUCUCAGCUCACUAUUUACGGUAUCUUAUUAGCAAAGACACCAGCAUUUUAGAAUCAUCAAUUGUUCUUCAUUGUUGAGUCCAAUUACCAGAAAAUGCUCAUGAAAAUAGCACUGUUGCAAGGAUAUGAUUUGUUUUUCUGUAAAUGCCAUGAUGGAGCUAUGCUCCCCAAAAGUAAGAAUCAAGGUUCACCGUGAUUAUGUUUAUUUACAAAGGACUUAUUUAUCUAUUAAUUAAUUUUAUGUUGUGUGUUUUACAUAUUAAGUAACAAAAGUUAAGCUAUUUCUGUAAUGUGCUUUUAAUGGUGGGACUCUGUCCUGUUAAACUAACUGUCAUGUUAGAGCAAGUUUUAUUUUUAAUUUAGGUGAUAGAAAUAUCCAUGCAAGAACUUAAAGUAUGGAUCUAUUAACUUCAUUCAACUUACUUUGACUUCUUGAAAGUUUAAAUUUAGUCUCAAAUUUUUAACCGAAUUUGCAAUUCCAAUUGCAGCCUAACAGUCCUUUAUAACAAAAUGAAAAGUUAUUCAUUUGUGGUGGUGUUUUUUGUUGUUUUUUUUUUUCCCCCUUAGGUAGUGCCUUUUUAUCUGUAUGCCUUAAUUUUGUUCCUCUUGAACAGCAUAUUGAAAUGCUACGGCUGUCAUACAAUUCCGUGUCACCAAAUUGGGAUUAGAGUAUAUUUUGAGGUGCCCAAACCAGAAUUCACAUGACUGCAUUAAAAAGUGUACUUUAGUUAUAAUCUGCUGCAGUCUUUUACAUUGAGAAUUUUAAAAAGUGAUUUUUGGAGCACUUCCUGAGUGCUUCCUAUGCUUGCACAGGUUUCAUAUUUGCAUUUUGGAGACUGUAUGCUGUUAUGCAUACCACAGAAAAGACGUGUUUCCAUUCACAGAACCGCAAUUACAGCUGAGAUUUAGCUUCCUAGCUCUGGGUACGAGACUCUGGGUUUCCUGUAGAGUACUUAGCAGAUGUGAAAUUGUAGUUGGUACGUUAGUAAACAUGGUACUGUAAUAAAAGUUGUUUACUUUCAGUACACAGGAAUAUUAUCUAAGCAAAUCAACAGACUUCUCAGUGAAGCUGAUAUUGUUUCCAUUAAAUUCUUUCCUGUUUUCUAUUUUGGAAAAUCCUAAUCCUGCCGUUGUCUUGACUGAAAGCCUUCUUGCAGCACCUGUAGGUACAGCGCAGUAUAGCAAGCCAUUCUUUCAGAUGAUAGAGCAAACUGUAACUGCAGCUUCAGAGACUUGAGCAAAUUGGUCAGAUCUACAGUUAUUUAUAGUUAAUUUCUUUUUAAUCUUGAAAAUCUGUCACGCAUAUAGAAAAGCAGAAUUUGUGUGCUUGAAUGUAAGUCUGUAUGGUGUUUCUGGAAAAGCGAAAGUAUUACUGCUGGUAUCAUUUCUUGCUGGUAACUUGCUGUCUUGUGUUAAUGACAAGCCUGCAGUGUAAAACCACAUAGAAUUACCAAAGCUUUUCUAUUCCCAUAUACAUAUAGCCAAAAGCGAUGUUUCAUGGAUUAGUACUGUUACUUAUAGAUACACAUACUUAUAUAUCCACCAGUAAGCUUAUUGCUAACUGAAUAAAGCAGGUACUAGUACAUAGACACCUCCCAUGUUUAAAACAUUUGGGUGUUUAUAUUUGCUGUUUAAAUGCACAAAAUUCAUGACAGCAUUAAAAGGAAUUUUUUUUUUUUUAGUAACUCUUUUUAACUUAAUCUUAUUUUUGUAAUUCUAAAAAUAAGGCAUAAGCUUGGUGACUAAACCUGGUGACUUUUUGUAGCCAGGCUUGAGCUUUGGGACAUUUGAGGAACGCCAUCAAGAUAAGUAGAUUUGUGACCUGAAUUGCUCUGUGCACCAUAGUAAGAACUUUUCAAAGCUGCUGGGAAGGAGUCUGCUUUACACCAGAGCCAGAUGUCACCCACAGCUACCUGGGUGUAUGCUGCCUUCAGGAGGAGCCACAAACCCACACCAGAGGGGGCAGAACUGCUACCAGCCUGGUUGCUAAAUCGGUACUCUAUCAGAAUACAAAGGCACUCUUUUCAUUUCCAACCCCUCGGUUUAUUUUUCUAAUUGGCAUAACCUAAAUGCUGGUUAGGUGGCAGCCACCGAGAGCUCCCCAUUAGGGCUGGAACUGAUGCGGUGCAGCUUUAGCACCCGGCCCUGUGCCAUGAAGUGGGGUGCAGCAGCUGGGGCGGUUCUGUGGGACCCCCUGCCCCGUGUAGGGGGCACGGCCCCGUCUGCACCAUGCACAGCAGCUGCCUGGCUUUUCUAGCAAUAGAUAUGUACCUGUACUUGAGGGGUAGGAUGGAUGGAGAAAGUAAAAUUUCUCAUCCUUCAAAGAAACAAUGCGAGUAGUCUCGCUUUGGUUAGGUCUUAGGUUUUCAUAAACUUACUUUCAAGGGAGAGGAACUGGAUAAAAAUACAUUAAAUUUGUACCUCGGGGUUCAGUCCUUAUUUUGAGUCCACUGAUGAGGAUUGGAGGUCAGGGUCUUCUGUCAAGAGAUACAAGGAAAAGGACACUUUAAGUGGAUAUUCCCAGGAAAUAUUUCAGUUGUUCACGUCGCUUACCCCAAUAAUAGCUGAUCCUUUUCCCCAAUGGUUAUUUAAUGUGGGUUUAAAAACAAAAGUUGUGUUUUCUUUUCUGAACAGGCAUCGUCUUGCCAGUUCCCUAGUGUUUGUUUCUCGUUAAUAGCAGUGUAAAGGUGGUGUCACCCCCAAAUCUUUAACGGUUUAUCAAAGCCUAGUGUCUGUCAUCUCAGACCUCACAGGAGUCGUAUAAAGGAAUAUCACUGUAUAUAUGUGGAGGAGACUUAGGUAAAUCGGAACGUAGACUUUUAGUUUUCAUGAAGCUAUGAAUACAAAUUUGUAAAUUUUCUCUUGAUCUAAUGUACAUUUUUAUGUAGCCAUUAAAUUCUCUAUUUAAUCUAUCAGUUUCUCACUGUAAAUGUUUUUACUCUCAGUUGAAUGCUGGGCACAGUUUGUAAUGUAUGUACACAAAGGUGUUUUUUUCUAUCAACGUUGACUUUUUUGCACAUUUUUGGAAAUAUUUAAUUUGUACACUGAUUUAAUACUCUGACCAAUUGUUGAUGGGUGUAUGAGAAUCACGUGUGUGUGCAAUGUACUACUGUCUGGAUGUAUGGUUUUUUAUUACUUUUGAGAUGUUGCUAUCAGUAACUGCACUGCUGUUGCUGCUUUACAUGGAAUAUCUUGUGUAUAAAAAAAAAGGAAAAAAAAAAUUAAAAACUA